AUGAAUCCACCCAGCUCUGGGAGCAUUCCGCUCCAGGAGUAUCGGCGGGACAUUCCGCCGGGCUGGAUUCCAGGUGAUGCUUCGUAUCCCUUGAGGACCUACUUCGACAAGCUGAAGCUUUGGUACCGGAUUGCCAAUGUGGAGGAUGAAGCCAUCGGUCCACUGGUGGCUGGACGACUCUAUGGUCGAGCAUCCACGAUCGCCAUGUCUUUGAGAGUGCCAAGGCCAGACGGCACCUUCGAUGUUGGCGAUGCAGCGCUGGUUCGACUAGCUGUUGAUGAAGUCCGCGACCCAGCGACCAAUGUGAUCAUCCAGAACCACAUCCCCUCAGGAGUGCAAUUCCUGGCCAAUGCACUCCGCACGGCGUUCGGUCAGCAAGACCAAGAUCUGGCGACACAAGCACUGGACAAGUUCUUUGGCCUUGCAAGAGGAAAGCUCAGCCUGUCCGAAUACAGCGUCGAGUUCGACAGCCGGUACGAUGAUGCUCAUGACAGAGCUGGACUGCAGUUGAACGAUGUUGGCAAGUUCUUCCUAUGGUUCAAGAACUCUGGCUUGCCAUCCAAGACGGUUGAUGACAUCAAACUGCAGGUUGCUGGCGACUACACUCGCUUCAACGACGCUCGAGCUCUGGCAUUGCGCAUCAACCCUAAUCGGCGAGAACCUGAUGACGCCCAGAUCCUCUAUGAAGAGAAUGAUGAGUCCUAUGGCGACUACGACGCCUACUACCAGGACUGGGGCGAUGACUAUGAGGCCGAGGAUUCAUGGUGGUAUGGCUAUGAGGAGGCCGAUGAAGGUGAAUGGGUCUAUGAGGAGUACGCCAACGACGAGAACUACUACGAGAACCAUGAUGCCAGCGAUGAGUCAUGGCAAGAGGUGGACCUUGAGGCUGGCAUGACAUCUGGUUCAGCAAGCGACUCCAAUGUCUCGGGCGAGUACAACGAAGCCUAUUACAAAGGAAAAGGCAAUGGCAGUGAGGAUGGCUGCUUCAACUGUGGCAGCAAGUUCCACCGAGUUCGAGAUUGUCCACUAGGCAAGGGCAAGAACAAGAAGGGCAGCCACAACUACAAAGGAAAAGGAAAGUCAAAAGGCUUCUGGAGAUGGCGACCCAACUUCAAAGGAAAGAGCAAAGGCAAGAGCAAGCAUCCUUGGAGAAGCAAAGGCAAAGGAAAAGGAAAAGGCUUUGGUCGAAAAGGCCACUACUACGCCUACCAGGAGGAGGACAACUACAAGCCUCGUGGUGGUCUGUCGAUCAGCGAAGGCAUUCCUGAUGCCUCAACUCCGCAAGAAGUUGCCACAAGCUCCAAGGAGGUCAAGACGACCAAGAAGGCCGAGAGCUUCGUGAUCCACACGUCAUCCGAGGAUGAGGACUUCAAGAAGCCAACUGAGGGAUAUUCAGGUCAGCCUGAGUAUACUACGAAGGAUCACUAUGACAAGAAGCUCAAGAUGAACUUCAUGGUCUUCAACAUGAAGAAAGAAGAGACACAGAUGAGCUACCAUACCAUCCAUGGGCAAGAACGCUAUGGUUUGCUCAUUGAUCCCGGAGCUGCAUCCGGGCUGGUUGGUAGCGAGACCCUCAGAAUGCUCAAGAGUUGCUCCCUGGGCGAGAUGGAGAUCAACCGCAACAAGAUCACUCCAGUUUCCGGCAUUUCAGGAAACAGCGAGUCAACUCUCGGAGAGGUCACGUUGACCAUGGCGACCGCAGGACAACCCAUCACCUACACGGCGGAGGUCAUUGGUGGAGCUGGAAGCCUAUGCCCAGCACUGGUUGGCAACCCGACUCUUCGUCGAUUGGGUGCAUCAAUCUUGACAGAUUGGUUUGAGAAUGGUGAUGGUAUGCUUGUUCUGAACACCAAGGACGCCAUGGAUGCAGAGGUCAAUCACGCGAAGUUCUUUAGGAUCCUGCUCACAGAUUCUGGACACUACAUCUUGCCUUGUGACAACGUUCAGAACGAGAAGGUUCCAAGAGCUUCGAAGCACGAGGCCAUCGCUUUCUUCCAGAAGAUCACCGAGAUCACUUCGAAAGUUUGGCCUGACGUGCAACCACGGGUCAGACACUGCUUCCAUUCCCAGACGGCGGCAGAGGAUGACCGGUGUGAUUACAAUCGUGAACAUGAACGAGACACAGGCCCAAUGAAGAGGCAAGAUCAUGAUGUUGGUUGUGAUCAUUUGGCUUGCGAGAAUGGAGAAGAAGAUGAACUACGGAAUCCUGUUCCUUCCAGGAAGAUUCACUUCAUUGAUGAGGAACAGCAGAAGAAGUCCGAGGAGCCCUACGACCUCAUGAACAGCGAGAAGAACAAGAGCCUAUCACCAAUUGCAGAAGAGCGCGACUCCGAGGACGAAGUUUCACCAUCAGCCAUUUUGGCAGAGCAGUGCACGAAGAACGACAAGAGCAAAGAGCCUGCGAAGAAUUCAAACCACUUGAUCAACGAGCACCCUGCCGGACCUGCCAUUUUGGCCCCGGCAAUUCAUGAUGAACAAGGCCUACGUGAGGCAAGCUAUGAUGAAGAGAAGAACGUCUUCCUCAGCUACACUGGCGAUAUGAUCCCCGAGACGGCAGAUCAAUUGCGGCAUCUACGAAAGAUCCUGAUGAGAAGAUGUGUGAACGUCUACAAGAUAGACCAGCACUACAACUAUGUCAAGAUCUUUCUGCGCGACAAGAUGCCAAUGGCCGCGGAGCUCUAUGAGGGCGUGGAGAUCAAGAACCUUACCAGCAAAGCGCUCUCCGUGCCAACUACACACAUGCUCAAGAAGCUCCUCCUCGAAACCAUCAAUGCCACUAUGGGUGUCUUCAAUGAAGCAGCAAGGAGAAAGAUCGACUAUGUUCACUGGCUGGACAAUCCUAUGCUUAUGAGCCUCUUCAAGGAGUUCUUCAAGGACCUGAUCCAAAUCAACGCAGCACUCGACGAGGAUGACUGGGCAAUCACCAUCUAUGGAGUGGAGCACGAUAUGGAGACCCAGCUGAACGAGAUCCAACUCAGAUUGAAGUUGAUGAGAUUUGUCGAAAGCCUCACAGAAUACAAGACGAACAUCUAUGGUUGGCUGAAGAGAAAUGGCAAGUGGCGAUUCUUCCCUCGUGAGGAUGAUCAUGCAACGAAGAUCAUGUUGUGGGUGCAGCACAUCUACAAAGGUUUGAGCAAGCAUCAAGUCCAUGGAGCUCUACUUGGACGAAGCUUGCGGAACAUCAAGCCUCCAUCGAACACAGUUGGUCAUCUCAUCUCAUGGAUUCAUGGAGGACAAGGCUACGCCGUGCAAGAGCACUUCUCCGACGGAUUCUUGAAGAUGAAGAGGGUUUCCAACUACUCUCGUGAAGAGAUGUGCACCAUCUACUUGUUCCACUAUCAUCCUGAUCCUGUGGAAGAGCCAGCAAGUCAGUCGACCAUCAACAAGGAUGACGACAAGAUGGACGUCAACGUUCCCGAUGACAGAGACGGCUACAUGAUCAGCCAGCAGGAGUUUUCAGAAAAGAUUACACCUGCACCUGUCCCUGCAAGAGAAGAUGAUUCCAGAUUGACACCAGCAGAAGUCUCAGAUCUGCGAUCCAUCUUAGGAGCGCUUCUUUGGGUGACAGCGACACGGCUGGAUGUGAUUGCGGAUGUUUCAGCACUACAAUCACGAGUGACAGUAGCAGAGGUCAAGGAUUUGAAGCAGGCAAACAAUGUGCUCAUGAAGGUGAAGGAGUUUGCAGAUGUUGGUUUGCACUACCGCUACUUCAGGACAAAGCAUCGACGACUAGUUUGCUUUCAUGAUGCUUCGGCAGCCAGCAAGGGCCGGAACUAUGCCCAGGAAGGUGUAGUCAUUGCUUUGGCCGAUGACGAAUGGCGGAACAUCACGAUUGACUUUGAGCACACCUGCGAGACUGAGGAGCACGAACUCAUGCAUGGAGGAGUAAUGCAUGUUUUGCACUCACAUGGAGCAAAAGCCAAGAGGGUGAGCUACAGCACAUCACAUGGUGAGACACUAGCCAUGGUGAACGCCUUGGAAUCUGCAACAUUGUGUAUGAUCAGGCUCAGCGAGAUGCUCCAUCCUCAACAUCCUCCAUCGUUGAAGGACCUCAUCAAGAUCCAGACAGCUGGAAAUCCAGAGAUGCCUUUGGACAUGUAUGGAGAUGCUAGAGAUGUCUAUGAGCUCAUCACAGGCAGCAAGACGAUGCCUCAGGACAAGACACAGCGGCUCUACGUUUUGUCCAUAAAGGAAGCACGAUUGGAUGGCAGAGUUCGAAUGGUGACGUUGGUCCCAACGAACUACAUGCUUGCCGAUUCCCUCACCAAGUCCAUGGACGAGGAGAUGAUCCUGAAGGCAGAGAAGGAUGGGAGCAUGGUGCGAACGACACAUGCUUCAGUGCUUGUGGGACUGGCAGCGUUUGCCACUUCCAAGAAGAUGCUGGCGGCAAUGAUGCCGACUUUAGCAUUUGGAACUUUGGUGGAUGCGCAAUCCACUGAACCGGAGAAUCAAGAGCAGAAGAGCUACUUCUCCGUGUACCUCAUGAUUUUCAUCACGGUGAUUUUGGCGGUGAUGCUUGAGAGAAUGGUGACAAGUUGGAUGAGCAAGAAGAGAAGAAUCCAACCUGUGAAGAUCGAGUCCGACGACGAUGACGACAUGGAUGUCGAUCAAGAAGGAGAUCAACCAUCAUCCUCAGGAGCAUCCUUCCAACGGAAGAGGAAAGCAAGUCCUCGAGACACAUGGGAAGAUCUUGCACGAAAGGUCAUUGACGAGAAGGAGACGCUGAAGCGAAAGAACAAGAAAAGCGAAGAAGAUGCACACCUACAGCAACAGGAGAUCGACAGCCUCAAGUUUGACAAUGAAUGGUGGAAAGAUAAAUAUGAGAAGCUUGAGGAGAAGUACGAUGACAAGGACUUCGAGCUGAAGAACCUCAAGAAUGACAUGACAGUGGUCAAUGCAAGGAAAAUGGUGCUCGAAUCUACGGUCAGCGACAUGAGAGCUGGACUAGUGAAACUUGAAGAUGAGAAUGCCGAAUUGAAGAUGAAGCUGGACAGAAAGACAGCAGCAUCAUCGGAGAGACCAGCACCGCUGACACCAAGGAUCACUGACAAUGCCGAGAUGGCCGGCGAGAUCGAGAAGCUGCAGAAGAUGGUCAAGUUCAAAGACCAGGAGAUCAUGAGACACCUGGCUCGCAUCAAGAGCUUGGAGCUGCCGGAAGCCAUCUUCAUCACGAAGACUGGCAAGAAGUUCCAUCGAGAAGGAUGUCCACAUCUGAGAGAGGGCGAACAUGUGAGGCCAAGAGAAGCCUUUGGCAAAUGCAGCAGCUGUUGCGCCUUGGGCACAAAUCUGUCGAGUGAGGAGCUAAGUUCGAGCCCGUCGCCCAGCGUCUCGGAAGAAGAAGCAGAGACCUGGCAGAAGGCGCGGAUCUCCGAGGAAGCAGAGAUCACCGAGCUGAUGCAGAAGGUGGCCGAAGAGCUUGACAGGCGCGAUCGGCGGAUGGAAGUGGUGGCAGUCUUGAUGGAGUCGGAUGGAGUGAUGGCGGUUGGCUGA